UGAAAUCAUUCAAACCAAUGACAUUGAAAUAAUGCAGAUCUAUAUUACAACGAGGAAGUAGACUGAUACGCUGCACUCAGCAAUAUAACAAUAAACACCUUACUUCAUCAAAAAUCUGCAUUAAUCGGUAAUCCUUGUCACUAUAUAUAGACGACAGUCACUAACGGUAAAAUGUGAAUAGACCCGGAUAUUAUUACAAAACCUUCGAACAGGUAAAUCGUUCGUUUUAAACAGAAAACAAGAAUGGAUUUUCUAAGUGAACUUCAACAGGCUGGAUCGAGUUCCGUAUGCGAUGAUCCAAUAAGUCCAACGCCAAACACAGUGCUUGCCGAAGUGAAAUUCAAGAAUUUAUAUCCCGGAAAAGUAUUUUACAAAGACCAAUAUCGAAGGAAGGGAUGGAUUCCAGAGUCUAGACAAUUGGUUAUAAAAAAGCAAAGGUUGGUUCACAUGGAAGCAAGGACGAAUGCCCAGUUAUAUAAGAUAUAUGGUUGGGUUAAACGUAAAAAUGCAGCGGCCUUCCACGACAACAAUGGCGAGGUUCCUUUAAAAAAUGAAGAUACUGGAGAAAUUUUGAAUCUCAUAAAAGAUACAGACAGGCUUGCUCACACAGAAGAUGGCUUUUUGCAACCGUUUACAGUGGACCUUCAUGGAAUAUAUUCUGGAAACAUUCCUAACAAACCAGUGUUUGAAUUAUCAAAGUCGGAUGUGAAACUGAACGAAUUCCAACUGGUUGUCCAAUUGGAGUUUAUUGAUAAUUCCCUGAGCGAAAAAUUUACAAGUCCAACUUUCAUCUUGCAAACUAAAGAUAAGCCACCAGUAGCGGAGAAAAGGCCGAGACCCGAUGACUCCCCCUCUACAUCGCGAGGUGAGUAUGUAAAAGUUGCCGACGGUAAACUUUCGCAACAGCAUAUUUGUGUGGUGAUUAUUCUUAUAGGUACCGGUUCUCAAUCGGAAGAGCAAAUACAAGAACAAUUGGAUAGAGAGGAAAGGAGACACGAACAAAUUCUGGUUGAUGUUCUGGACGCAAAGACAGCAAAUGUUGAAAAAUUAGUCGCAAAAAAUGUCCAUUUUGGUGGACGAUUGAACGUAGAGACAGAACAAGCCGAUUUGGCUUACCAUUUAACUUUAAAGGACCCUGAUCAGUUUGUUGAUGACCUCGAUGAAGGAGAUAUUGUCGGGUUUUUCAAUGAUGAAUCUGGUGAAACAUAUAUCGAACCCCUGCGCCAUGGCAAUAUCCAUAAUGCAAUCCAUGCAGGUGUUGUUAGCCGUUCCCAUUGGUUGGCUGGUCACAAGCCACAAAACCCAGAUACAAAAACUGACACAGUUUGCGUAAUCGGUAUAGUCAACGUUAAAGUUGUAGGAAGCAUUGAGAAUGGUGAGCGAAUUUAUGCAUCCUCGAAUAAUCCUGGUAAGGCUAUACCACAAUCGUAUAUGCCUGUGGGAUCUUUCCUUCGUAAGAAACAUGUGCUACUUGGCAUGGCUUUGGAAACAAAGAAAUGUACCACGAUGCUUGAUGAUGUUCAACUGGUCAAGUGUUUCGUGUGUAUAGUACUUGAUGUUAACAGACGGGAAUUAUUUGAUGAGAUAGAAGAACUUUAUGAAGUUAAUGAAAAAAGAACUCGUGAAGAAAUUAGAAAUGCACACAAAAGAACUUGGAAAAAACUUAAAUGUUACUCUAUUGCCGUUCUUCUUUCUAUUGGUUUGGCCAUAUGUAUUCUGUAUCAGUGGCUAGUCCCAGGAUCAAUGUUCCGCUAUUGGUUAUGUCGAAGGGGGUCUGUCCCAAACCACGAGUUGUUUUAUCACUAUAAAAACGAAGCUCUGAAUAGGGAUUUUCCUAUACAUGGGAUUGAAUUUACUUAUGAAGGAUUGCAAGACAAAGUCGGAAUUUCGUUUUCACGAAACACGAAAAUAAAAGAUGAUUCAAAAGUUACUUAUUACCUCAACGUAGACCGCUGUGCAUACUAUUGGGCUGACGGUGCGGCAGGAAACAACAUUGGUGGUCGUAAAUACAUCGGAGGAUCGAGGAUUUUAUCUGUGAACCAGAACUGCAGCGUAGUUUACAGAUUAGACGAAGGAGAAGAUGUGUGGAAUAAGGUGUUAUACCAGACUGGUGUAAAUUGUACAACGGGUCAAUGACCUACGUGUCCACGGUGUCACAGAGAAAUUUGUAAUAUAGAGACUUGUAAAUAACACCUUUUCACACAUUAGCAGGAUUAAGUGAGCGGAAAAAAAUUAUACAAAAAAUAUUACACGAGAACAUGAGACAAAGUAUUAACCGGCAGUGCCAAAAGUUUAGGCGAUAUAUUUCCUAAAAUAUUGAGAGAACAUUGUCAUUGGUAUUAAAAUCAAUUUUGAGGGGAGGGCAUCGUAAUGUAUUCCCAAUAUUUAAUAUAUGUCCGGCACCAUGACCUGAUUAGUUUUUUCAUUAUAU